AUGAGCCCAGCCCAUGAAAAACCCUACCUCCCCUUUUCCCCUUCACCCCCCAAAUCCCUCAGAUCUGGCACACAGUUUCUGCAUCCGCCGCCGCCCCCGCUCGAGCUCUCCCUCCGCCGCACAUGCUGCUCCCCACGCCGGCCACGUGCUCUCCAGCCGGCGGGGCCGUCGCAUCCUCUCUCUCUCCCGUCCGCCGCUAACCCCACUCCACAUUGCCGCCGGUGGUACCCCGUACACCAUACUGCCGCCGCCUCCACCGGUGGUCUUGCCGUCGCCGUCCAAACCCUGCCGGGAGCUUCCCUUUUCGUCCGCGCCCAAGCUCACCAUCUCCUGGAGGUGCUGCCGGCCAAGAAGGUGCAACUAGCAUGGACAAAGAUUGGAUGGAUACACCUAGAUUCUCUCUUACCUAUGCAUACAAGGUCGAUGAAAAUCCAAUCAAGUUGCAAGGAAGAUUGAUCUAUGUAAUAAUGAAAGACAUGCAAGCGGAGGAGGAACCAUGAAGCCGGCGGUUCAGGAUAUUUUGUGUAGUGGUGAUUGAAUCAUUGGUGAUGAAUUUUAUCUAUCAUUUUGUAAACCCACAUUGUGUUUGAGACAAUGAACCUUAAUGUUUCCUCUAGUUAAUUAGUUAUAUUAGCUUAUGGGAAAUUUUGAAAGUCAUUAUGUUGAUAACGGAUGAAGUAUUUACAUGUGAAAUUAAUUAAUAUGUGUUUCUAUU